AUGUCCUACCAAAAUGGAGGGAGUGGUGUUCCUUCUCAUGGUGCAGUGACAGUACCCAUUUCUGACGACAAAGAUACCUCAGCCCCAUCGAUCGCAACAGCAAGCACUUCGAUGGUUACAAAACCAAAGUCCAAAAAACAACGUUCAUGUUGUGAAUGUGGUUGUUGUGACAUUUAUUGCGUUUGUUGUAUUCCAAUGCCAUGUCCCCCGGGAUGCUGUGACGGGUGCCCGUGUCUAUUUUUUCAAAAUUGUGAUGAGUGUAGUUGUGAUGGUGAUGAUGGUGAUGGCGUCGAUAUUGGUGAUGUUGGUGGUACAGACAAUGGAGGUGGUUGGUUCUCUGACAUAUUCGGAGGUGGUGAUGAUGGAGAUGGAGCCGACUUCGGUGGGUUUGAUGCUGGCGGAUGUGAUGGUGGUGGAGAUGGCGGAGGAGGUGAUUAA